AAAAUGAGUUUACCUUUUAAGUGUCAUUUUUAGUUGUGUGCAACCUGUUUAAUUGCAAAAUGUGCAUCCUUUCCGUAAACAUAAAUAGUGACAUCGAUCAAUACAUUUGCAUGGCUCAGUAACUCGCCUUUACUUUAGCACGGGAAAUUAAUUGUGAUUUUCAUAAUGGAUAUCUUAAUUACCCUUUUUUAUAUCCUUUUUUCGAUUUGUGUUAUACAUCCUCCCACUGAGUUUGUUUCCGCCGGCUUUACUAUAACUCACCUCUUUGACAAUUGGCUUGGCUCCGAAAAUACGAAUUUUGUUAGAUAUCAUAUGAGGAGAACAACUAUAACUAUUUUAAUACAUUCGUCGCUGCCAGCUGGGUACAUCGCUACACUCUGGUGCGGGGGUGUGCGGGGAGAAUGGAUGCAAUCAGCUGCUGCUGCUGUAUUGAUCAUUCCAUUGCUCGUAGGGCUCAAGGUGGUUGGGUGGUGGCAAUUUGACAGGAGUAAGCACCCCGUUGUAAAAGCCUUAUUGCCUUAUGUGCAACCAGGAAACGAUUGGAGAGCUGUGGCUUCCAACUUGAAUGUGGAGUAUGCUAGUGUGGAUAAAGUAUUGAUUACACUGAGUGCAACCAGCAAACUUGUCGUUACUUACACAUUUCUUGUUAAAGUAACACAAUAUGGAAUAAACUUGGUGAAACAGAGAGACUGUUCGUUGGUAGCUACUGCGACCGACAGUCACAACUUGUCGACAUCUGGUGAGGAUGAAGUACAAUAUGUAAAUAUAGAAGUCAUCCCAUCAAGGGAAGACAUCAAAAAAUUCACAUUUAGGAUAUCAACAACGUCUCUGAGAGAUUUACAGCCGAGAUUAGAUAGAGGAAUCAGUGUUCCAGAGCACAUAUCAUUGCUGCCGACACUGAUCGAAAGAUUUAUAGAUGUCUUCAAACAGCAUGUCGAGCAGAAUCCUGUUUAUCUAAUCGAUCAGGAGGUUGAUUUAUGCAUCGGUUGCAUGCAAAACCCUGCUGAUGUGAAGUUAGAUCGCCGCUGUGUCCCGCCGCCACUGGAUGCCCAGGACGGUCACGCACCGUGUCAACAGUGCAAUUGCAGAGUGCUGUGGUGCUGCUCGUGCAUGGCGCGCUGGUGGGCGGCGCGCGCGCGCGGCCCGGCGGCGGCGUGGCUGACGGCGCGCGGCUCGUGCCCCGUGUGCCGCGCGACCUUCUGCCUGCGCGACGUGCGCCCCGCGCGCCGCGCGCCGUCCUGACCCUUCCACGCGCGCACCGUUUUUAUUGGAAUAAUCAGCGCUCAGUACACAUUUCUUUUUUAGUACUCGUCUGUAUUGCGCGUUGUUUUCUAACAAAUUAUUUUUUCUAGCUUCGUAGGCUUCCGUUAUCGCUCUGAACUAAUGUCGAUUGACACUUACUCGUCGUUAUUUUAGGUUUAUCUAAGUUUGCAAUACAUAGUAAAUAUAUUUUUACCAUUUAUUAUCAAAUUGGUGUACAGUUGUAAUUGUUCUGUGUUUUAAAGUUGUUUAUAUAAUAGUGGAGUAGGUUGAGACUCGUGAAGGUGGUGAAUGAAUUUUCGUAUGCAAGGAAUGUUCGAACGUACAAACCGUGAGACUUAACGAGAUAGGUACCUCGUGGUAAUGACGUAUUAGACGCAACGGUAACAAAUAUGCUGUCAGCGCACUUUACGAUAUCUGAAACAACGCUUUGAGGCUGUAUAUCGCUCAUAAGUUUUCUAAUGCUAAACUGAACACCUCAAUGUUUUCCUUUCACAGAUUAUUUUUUAAUAGUUUAGUUAGUUUGUAGUGAGACCGAGUUGUAUAAAAUAUAUUGGCGAGCGCGGUGUGCAGUUAAGUCGUAAACUUAAUCGAAUCUUGCCCUACCGACUUAAACUAACUCCGUCAAAAUGUGUUAUCAAUAACGACAUCCAGUAGGGCUAUUCUGUACGAACAAACUCGAAACACACCGCAGAAAACGGUCGUAAAGUAUCAGAAAGUGAUACGCGAUAUUGGCCAUAAUAUUUAUUACAAUUCAAGAAUACAAGCAUCAAAAUAGUAUAUCAUCAUAAGUCGGUUGUCAAUAUUUGACAGGUGAGUAAUGGAGUAAGUUCUCCAGGUUUUUCCAGUUCUGAAAUCAACCAUCCUAUUUUCUAAUGUAGAAUAAAAAAUAGUGUUUGAUUAUAUUUUCGAUAAAUUAUAUUAAUAUGUAAUGGCAAAUAUUGUAAGUUUGUAAAUGGCAUAGGUAUUGUGUUAACGACGAUAAUUAAAAAUUUGAUUUUAUAAAUAGUUGUAGAUAAUAAUAUUUUUUAAAAUGUAAAUGUGAUGAAAAUAAAAAAUAUAUAAUGUAUAGCUUAUGAAAUGUUCGUAGUAUUUUAGUAUUCUUUUUAUCUGUCUAUUUAUAUAAAAGAUAUGUAAUAUAUAGUUAGGAAAUUCCUUGAUGAAGGCGCGCUAAUUUAAAACCGCCAUUUUGUUUGUAGAUAAAAAGGUACAGUAAUUAAUUUAUUAUUGGUGCGUAGUUCACACAUUCAACAAAUCACGAGAGUUUGUUGAAUGUGUUCAGUUGUGUUAUUUAGAUUUUUAAGAGUAAUUGAGUGAGAAAUUUACUUCAAUUUGUAUGAUUUCGUGUUCUACUUUAAAACACCCAAUUCAAGGUUUUCAUAAACUGCUUAAAAUGUCGAUGAUAAAUAUAUUUUAUUUUCUUUAGAGAAAUGCUGGCUUGGCAGUUAUAAAUAUUAAAUAAAAAUAAUUUAUUUCACUUAUAAUACAACACUAAUAUGUUAAAUGAUUAAUUAGAUAGAUUUAAUCUUUGUUAAUAUUAUAAUCAAUCACUAGUAAUUAUUGACAGUCAACAAUUAAAUGAUAAUAUGACUGCUGUAAAAGAGGUUUUAAGCCCAGCUCAGGAGACAAGUGUUCACUGCUCACUGAUGGCGAUAAACCCUUCGGUUAUUGCCGUCCCCACUCCUAACACAAGCUUAAUUGGAGGGGUAAAUAGGAAUUUUGUGAAUAAGUAAUUCCUUAAAAAACGGGCAUUGCGAAUAUUCUUUGUAAAAAAAUUAAUUGUUGCUCAUAGUUGUUUAAUAUUAAAUCGGCUAAAAAUGUUUGUAUUUUGUUGACGUAAAUAUAUAUUUUAAUUCACAAAAAUGUCGAUAUAAUAAAACUAGUAAUAAAAAUUAUAUUCUGUUAUCAUAGUUUCCGGCAUAUAGUUCCUUUGCUCUACAUUGGCUCGCUUAUCUCAACUACGUCGAACAAAAGUGACCUUUAGUUUUCGUAUUUCCUAAACCUUCGACUAUACCAGCGACAGCGACAUAAUUUAAAGAUAAUUUGUGUAAUGUCAUCCUAACUCUUUAAAAAAUUAUUGAAAAAAUAUGGUCAGCCUUAUUCGUUAUAUAUAUAUAGUGACAAUAUGAGAUGUAUAUUGCGUAAUGAUCGUUAAAACAGGCGUCGGCACAGUUGCGUUAGUCAUAUACUUAUUUGUGGUUACUACAUAAGGCUGUUCACCACUGGUGCGGUGCCGUUCGAUAUGUAUACACAGUAUUGCGAUCCAAUGUCAGUGCGAUUGAAGUACAUGACUUGACUAUGUAAACAAUAUUUUAAUUAAAUAAAAAUACAUAAUAUUUGAAUAAAUGUGUGACUUGUAUAUAUAUAACCUACACUGUAUAGUGAAAAAAAGUCGAGAUGGCCUAGUGGUUAGAACGCGUGAAUCUUAACCGAUGAUCGUGGGUUCAAACCCGGGCAAGCACCACUGUAUUUUCAUGUGCUUAAUUUGUGUUUAUAAUUCAUCUCGUGCUUGACGGUGAAGGAAAACAUCGUGAGGAACCUGUAUGUGUCUAAUUUCAUUGAAAUUCUGUCACAUGUGUAUUCUACCAACCCGCAAUGGAGCAGCGUGGUAGAAUAAGCUCCAAACCUUCUCCUCAAAAGGGAGAGGAGGCCUUAGCCCAGCAGUGGGACAUUAACAGGCUGUUAACUGCAGUGUAACUUUUUAUAAUUUAUUCAAA